AUGUGCAACAUGCUUGGCCUAGGAGACAUGAAUGCUGACCAGCUGGCUUCCAAACUGGAAGAAACACUUCCUGUCAUCCGCUCUGUCAGUGAACAGUUCAAAGAUCCAGAACAAACCACUUUCAUCUGUGUUUGCAUUGCGGAAUUCCUAUCACUGUAUGAAACAGAACGGCUUAUCCAGGAGUUGGCCAAAUGCAAAAUUGAUACCCACAAUAUCAUAGUCAAUCAAUUGGUCUUUCCUGACCCUGACAAGCCUUGCAAGAUGUGUGAGGCUCGGCAUAAAAUACAGUCUAAAUACCUUGACCAGAUGGAGGACCUUUAUGAAGACUUUCAUAUUGUAAAGUUGCCACUUUUACCCCAUGAAGUGCGAGGAGCUGAUAAAGUCAAUACCUUUUCAAGUCUUCUACUGGAGCCCUAUAAACCACCCAGUGCAAAAUGAACCCCUAUGGACAGACUCCCCC